CUUAAAAUAGCAGCAGGGGUCCUAGAGGAGAACCAAGUGGCUCCAUUUUAACUCCAUGCUGGUAGUAUUCGAGUUUUCAUUUUCUUCUUCAAAAUUCGAACUCCAAUCACUCUGCCCAUUCUUUAUAUCUGUUCUCAAUCUGGUACCACAAUAAACAGCAACCUCACAUCAGCAGAGGAGAGACAUGCAACCAAGCGGUAAUGCCAUGACUUGGACUGAAAGAGACGAAGCAGAACAAGAAGAUGCCGUUUCUUGGACAAAGAACAGCAACAACCACCAAGCAGAUUCCAAGGAUAACAGCAACAUGAAUCCUUCUCUCUCUACCUUCAAAUCCAUCCUCGAAACCGGUUGGUACACAAACCCAUCUCACUUCCAAACCGUCUCAAACCCCCACCAAGAUUUCAAAGACACCAACAUCACCUUCUGCUCCAACCCAACUUUCCAACCCGAAAACCUAAUGCUACAGCCAAUGGAUUCCUCCUCCUCCUGCUCCCCCUCACAAGCAUUCAACUUCGACCCGUUAUCACAACCUUGCUUUUCUUCUCUCAAUGCCAUAUCUAACAGCCCUUUUGACAGUGGCUUUGAUUUGGGCGGCUGUGACCCUAGUUUCCUAGCAAAUCUCAGUUCUAAUUCCCCUGUUUUCAUGGGUCUUAACCCACAAAUUGAGAUGGGAAACAAUUCCCAACUGAGUCAGCUGAGUUCGAAUUCCGAGUUAACCCAUUUGCUCCCGAUGCCUAACAACAACGCCUUAAUCAGCGGAGGCUUUGGUCAAAACGACUUCGAGGGUUUUGGAGAUGCUCUGUUUUUAAACAGGUCUAGUAGUAAUAAGGUUUUGAGGCCUCUUGAGGUUUCUCCACCAGUCGGAGCACAGCCCACUCUCUUUCAGAAGAGAGCUGCUUUGCGACAGAGCUCCAACGAAUUGGGUAAUUUGGGAAUUUCGGAGUUGAGAAGUGAUGGGAUUUGGGGGAAGAGAGAGAGUGUUGUUGGGGAAUUGAGUAAGAAGAGGAAGAGAAAAGAGGAGGAGGAAUUUGAAGAGGGGAGCAUUGAUGGGUCGGGUCUUGAUUUGGAUUCGGAUGAGUUUGUUGAGAAUGAUUAUAAGGGGGAUGAGAAUGGGGGUGAUAAUGGUGGGAAUAACUCGAAUGCUAAUAGUAGUGUUACUGGUGGAGAUCAGAAGGGGAAGAAGAAGGGGUUGCCGGCGAAGAAUUUGAUGGCGGAGAGGCGGCGGAGGAAGAAGCUUAAUGAUAGGUUGUACAUGCUUAGGUCUGUUGUCCCCAGGAUCAGCAAGAUGGACAGAGCUUCAAUACUUGGGGAUGCCAUUGAAUACUUGAAGGAGCUUCUGCAAAGGAUCAAUGAUCUCCAUAACGAACUCGAGGCAACUCCACCUGGUUCUUUGCUGCAACCAGCAACAAGCUUCAAUCCGUUGACACCUACCCUCCCAUAUCGUGUCAAGGACGAACUAGGUCCGAGCUCAUUGCCCAGCCCUAAAAAUCAACCUGCAAGGGUUGAGGUAAGAUUAAGAGAAGGGAGGACUGUCAACAUCCACAUGUUCUGUGGCGGCCGACCGGGCCUCUUGCUCUCCACUAUGAGGGCUCUGGACAACCUUGGGCUGGAUAUUCAGCAAGCCGUCAUCAGCUGCUUCAAUGGGUUUGCUUUGGAUGUAUUUAAAGCUGAGCAAUGCAGGGAAGGCCCAGAACUCCCACCAGAGCAAAUCAAAGCAGUACUUCUGGAUUCAGCUGGUUUCCUGAUUUAGCUCUGCUCCUGCAUUUUGCAAAAAGGCAAGGGAGACGCGAUGUGAUAGUCCGAAGUGGAACAGGCUUCAAUCUGGUUGGUAAGCAAGAUAGAUCCAAGUAGGUCAUCGGAUGUUCGAAAAGGUCCUUUAGGUUGGAUGAUCAGUAUGGUAAAUCUCUCAUAAUGCUUUGAAGUAUGUACUCGAAGCAGUGACUUUAAUUAACAUUUCCUGAUUUUGAAUAAAUUUGUUUGUUCUACA